AUGUCGGCUAGAGCUCAUCCUGUGGAUGGUGACGAAGAUAUCUCCGCGGCUGAUGUAUCUUUCCCGCAGCAAAGAGAUACACCGUAUGUCCACAAAGUUGAAGUUCCUCCCAAGCAAAACCUCUUCAAUGAGUUCAUGUACACUUUCAAAGAAACUUUCUUCCACGAUGAUCCUCUAAGGCAUUUUAAGGACCAGUCUGUGUCCAAGAAGUUCACGCUCGGUAUCCAGUCUGUCUUCCCGGUUAUCGAGUGGGGAAGAAAAUAUAAUCUUAAGAUGUUUCGCGGUGAUCUCAUUGCCGGUUUAACCAUUGCUAGUCUCUGCAUUCCUCAGGAUAUUGGAUAUGCAAAGCUCGCUAGUCUCGACCCUAAGUAUGGUCUAUAUUCAAGUUUUGUUCCUCCAUUGGUGUACGCAUGUAUGGGAAGCUCAAAGGAUAUAGCCAUCGGACCGGUAGCAGUGGUUUCACUCCUAUUAGGCACUCUGCUUCGGGCAGAGAUCGAUCCCAACACAAACCCUAAUGAAUAUCUCCGCCUAGCCUUCACCUCAACGUUCUUUGCCGGUGUCACUCAAGCUGCACUCGGUUUCUUCAGAUUAGGUUUCUUGAUUGAUUUCUUAUCCCAUGCGGCGAUAGUAGGGUUCAUGGGCGGAGCAGCCAUCACCAUUGCUCUUCAGCAGCUCAAAGGAUUCCUUGGAAUCAAUAAAUUCACCAAGAAAACCGAUAUCAUCGCGGUUCUUAGCUCAGUAAUCAGUUCAGCCCAUCACGGAUGGAAUUGGCAAACAAUACUCAUUAGUGCAUCUUUCUUGAUCUUCCUUCUACUCUCCAAGUUCAUUGGGAAGAAAAACAAGAAACUAUUUUGGAUUCCAGCGAUUGCUCCAUUAGUAUCUGUCGUCAUUUCAACCUUCCUCGUCUACAUAACCCGAGCCGACAAGAAAGGAGUUCAGAUAGUGAAACAUCUCGACAAAGGUCUAAACCCUUCUUCUUUGCGUCUAAUAUAUUUCUCCGGCGAUUACCUUCUCAAGGGCUUUCGCAUAGGCGUUGUCUCAGGCAUGGUUGCCUUGACGGAAGCUGUAGCGAUAGGAAGAACAUUUGCAGCAAUGAAAGACUACCAAAUCGAUGGUAACAAAGAGAUGGUAGCAUUAGGAGCAAUGAACGUGAUCGGUUCGAUGACCUCUUGCUAUGUAUCCACUGGUUCGUUCUCAAGAUCAGCCGUCAACUUCAUGGCCGGAUGUCAAACAGCAGUCUCCAACAUCAUCAUGUCAAUCGUCGUCCUCUUAACGCUUCUCUUCCUUACUCCUCUUUUCAAAUACACACCCAACGCGAUUCUUGCAGCCAUUAUCAUCAAUGCCGUGAUUCCUUUGAUCGAUGUUAAUGCCGCCGUCUUGAUAUUCAAGAUCGACAAGCUCGAUUUCGUUGCUUGUAUGGGAGCUUUCUUUGGUGUCAUAUUUGUAUCCGUUGAGAUUGGCCUUCUCGUUGCCGUGGGCAUAUCUUUUGCCAAGAUACUCUUGCAAGUUACGAGACCUAGGACAGCAAUUCUUGGAAAGAUUCCAGGGACUUCGGUUCACCGGAAUAUCAACCAGUAUCCUGAAGCGACUAGGAUUCCCGGAGUUUUGACAAUUCGUGUUGACUCAGCGAUUUACUUCUCCAACUCCAAUUAUGUCAGGGAAAGAAUUCAAAGAUGGUUGACAGAUGAAGAAGAGAUGGUGAAAGCUGCAAGCUUGCCUAGGAUCCAGUUUCUGAUCAUCGAAAUGUCACCUGUUACGGACAUCGAUACUAGCGGUAUUCACGCCUUAGAAGACUUGUAUAAGUCUCUCCGAAAACGAGACAUUCAGUUGGUUUUAGCGAAUCCAGGAUCGGUGGUCAUACAUAAACUACACGUUUCUCACUUCGCAGACAUGUUAGGACACGACAAAAUCUAUCUAACGGUGGCCGAAGCCGUGGAUUCUUGCUCUCCGAAACUCUCAGACGAGGUUUGA